AUGAAGUUCUUCGACGCCCCAGCACCCAACCCCAUGGCCGUCCGCCUAUUCGUCCUCGAACGCGGCGGUCUUACCUUCGACGUCGAAACGAUCGAUAUCAUGAGCCUCCAGAACCGACGCCUCGCCUACCGGGCGAUCAACCCACGCGGCGAGGUUCCCGCCCUGCAAAUGGACGACGGCACUGUCCUGACCGAAAUCACCGCCAUCUGCGAGUACCUCGACGAGAUCGCACAGGGGGGUGCCUCUCUCUUCGGCGACACGCCCGCUCAGCGCGCCGAGACGCGCAUGUGGCUCCGCCGUAUGGACCUGGAGAUCUGCCAGCCCGUCAUCGCCUGGUUUCGAAAUGAUCCUGCCACGCUGGACUUCUACAAGGGUAACCGACUCCCCACGCCGGAGGCGCGGGUGAAUCAGAAAGUGGCGAUCAACCAGGCGCUGAACCUGCUGGAUGAUCAGCUUGAAGGCAAGACCUGGUUAUGCGGGGACCGGUUCUCCGCCGCUGAUGUGCACUUCUAUGGACUGAUGAAGAUGAUGAGCAUGCAGGUCUCGGAGUGGAUGCUGUUGCCGGGCCGAGACAACUUUUUGGCUUACUGGAAGAGGUUGGAUGAACGGGAGGCGUCGCAGAAGGCGUUGCAGAAUUUCCCGGCUAAGGUUGUUGUAUAG